CUUCUCUCCUUCACAUUUUCUCUCUUUCCCAUAAUUCCUCAAAGCUUUAGCUGCAAAUGAAGCUGGUUUUCAUUGCUACCAUUUUGUUCUUUCACCUUCAAAACAGCCCAAAAUUUGUUCUGCAAUUGUAGACAUGUUUGACAUCUUAUUCGGGUGGCGAAAGGCUUCGAAGUGCAAGAGGCUGACCAAAGAGGUGCAGUGCCGGCUCAAGUUGCUGAAAAACAAGAGACAAACAAUUGUGAGGCAACUACGCGAAGACGUGGCGGAGCUGAUCAAAUGCGGUCACGAAGACAAAGCCUUCAACAGGGUUGAGCAGAUAAUCAAAGACGAAUCCGUAGUAGCAUUGUAUGAAUUGUUGGACAAUUUCUGUGAAUUCAUCCUCAUCCACCUUCCUUACAUCCGCAGACGCAAGGACUGCCCAAAUGACAUAAAUGAGGCGGUUUCAAGUCUUAUAUAUGCUUCUGCAAGAUGUGGGGAUCUGCCUGAGCUACGGGGGAUCAGGAAGCUAUUCGGUGAACGCCACGGGCAGAAAUUCACAAUGGGUGCUCUUGAACUACUCCCUGGGAAUCUGGUGAACCGUGAGGUAAUAGAGAAACUCUCCAAAAAGUCGGUAACAGAUGAUAUGAAGCAUGUAUUGGUCAGUGAAAUAGCAAGAAAUUACUGCAUCAAACCAGAGGUUUUGGCCAUUGAGUACUAUUCAGAAUGGCAACAAAAGGUGAAGGAAAUCAGUGGACAUCAAGUAUUGGAUGCGGAUGUCCAGACUUAUUAUGAACAGACCGAAACAUCUGAAAUGCAAAUUUUAAAUGUUGAAGAAAUCGAAAGAGAAUUCGUAGAUGCUGAUUCUAAUUUAUCUAGAACUUCUGCUAGUUCUUCAUUAGCUACGCCACUGAUUGAAGGGAAUUUUUCCGAAGUUGGUUCUCCAAAUAUAUCUACCCCGGGCACCGAAGAAAGUCGGGGCAGUACUUCUGGCAGCACAAGUCAUGCUACAACAAGAGAUGGAGAUAUUGUGAUUUACCUUGAUGACAUAGAAGAGGUUCAGUUUUCUACAACAAGAGAUGUAGACUCCCAGGACCAAAGACUCUUCAAGUUCAAAGCUAUCACACCGAAGAGGGAGACUCUCGAAAGCAGUUGUGAUCUCAGCUUUGUGGAUUGUUAUGAGACGUGGAGUGAGAAUUCCGAGUCAAAAAGCCCUAGGAGAUCAAGUUGGAAGGGAAGUGGGAAAAGACUGAGGAAGAGAUCGGUUUCUCAGGAAAAUCAAUGGUUGAAGGAUAAUGAAUGUCAAAGUUACUAUGGCAGAAAGCAUCUGAAAAAUCAAAGUAGGUGUGGAACUGAUACAAAAAUAUUAAGCUGUGGCUGCACUCUGGGAAAUCCAUGUUAUUUUCCCAUCCGAAAGGACGAAAAUAUUGAUUGUAAAGUUCAACCGUGGAAGCAAAAGAGAGGGAUUACAACUAGGGUUGGAUUUCCAACUCAUGGACAUGAACAAUUGAACAGGGGAGUCGAAUGGCGUGCAGUGCCUCGAGAGCGAAUGAGGAGGAAGAGCUAUGGCAAUGAAGCUAUGCUGUACAAUGUUUUCACAUAUCCGGAUCAUCAGCAUCCCAAUACGCAAAACAAGGUGCUGAAAGGAAGAGUGGAGGAAUCGCAUUUUCGAUGUAGGCGUGCCUCAUAUGGUUCUACAUCUCCAAAUGUGACUAAUUCUUGGAGUGCAAGAAAGGAAACGGUGCCUCCUUAUUUCAGAACCGUGACAAUGCCGCCUGAAAGAGCCAAGGACAAUCACAAAGAAGACUUUCAACGAUCAUAUUCCGACGCCUUCCAGUAUCCUACUCACGUCCACCCUAAGCUGCCUGAGUAUGAUGACAUAGCAGCUAAAUUUAUGGCACUAAAGAAAGAGCGUCUGAAAAAUAAGCCUCAUUGCAGCAACCAGAAAAUUUAGCUUAGAACAAGGCAGUUUUCACUAUAUAGGAUCCCUAGCUUUGUAAUCUUUCAAUUCAAUUACACAUUUCAAGUCUCUGAGGAUUUCUUCUUUUGAAUUUCCUAGUAAUA